AGUGUGAAAACAGUGAAAGAGACAAAAGCAGAAGUCAAGAAACGCAUAAAAGCAGCUUAGUAUUAGUAGGAGAAGCGGAGAAGUAAAGAAAAGCGUUUUUCCUUUAGGCUUUUUGUCUUUUUCUCCUUCUCAAGAGUGAUUCAGAAGCGACUUGUGAGAGGGAAGAAGAGUUUUCAGAAGAUGGGUUCUAAUGGAAUGCUUGCCAGAAGGAUUGUGGAGACUGAAAUGCCAAUCAUGGUUCAGAUACAGCAAUUGAUCCGAGGAGCGAAAAAUGCUGUGUCACUCGCUCAGGGAGUGGUUUACUGGAAACCACCCAAACAGGCUUUGGAUAAGGUUAAAGCACUUGUAGAGGAGCCUUCAGUUAGUUGUUAUGGUGCUGAUGAAGGUCUUCCUGAACUUAGAGAAGCAUUGAUAAGAAAGUUACGUCAGGAGAACAAUUUGCAGAGGUCUUCGGUGAUGGUCACUGCAGGAGCAAAUCAGGCAUUUGUGAAUCUUGUUCUAACACUGUGUGAUGCGGGGGAUUCGGUUGUCAUGUUUGCUCCAUACUAUUUCAAUGCCUACAUGUCCUUCCAGAUGACAGGUGUCACUAAGAUAUUAGUAGGUCCUGGUUAUCCAAAGACUCUUUAUCCAGAUGCAGACUGGUUGGAAAGGACAUUGCUGGAAACCAAGCCUGUCCCAAAGCUUGUUACUGUUGUUAAUCCUGGCAACCCAUCUGGAACCUACAUUCCCGAGCCGCUACUUAAGAGGAUCUCAGAUAUAUGCAAAAAUGCUGGUUGCUGGCUGGUUGUAGAUAAUACAUAUGAGUAUUUUAUGUAUGAUGGUCUGAAACACUCGUGCGUGGAAGGAGAUCACAUAGUCAACAUCUUUUCUUUCUCCAAAGCCUAUGGAAUGAUGGGAUGGCGCGUUGGAUAUAUUGCAUACCCCACAGAAGUGGAGGGCCUUGCAACUCAACUUCUCAAGGUUCAAGACAACAUACCAAUCUGCGCUUCGUUAAUUUCUCAACAACUAGCUCUUCACUCGUUAGAAUUGGGACCUGAAUGGGUUCGCGAACAAGUCAAAGAUCUCGUGAAGAAUCGAGAAAUAGUUAUAGAAGCACUGUCACCAUUGGGUGAAGGUGCUGUGCUGGGUGGAGAAGGUGCAAUUUACUUAUGGGCGACGCUACCAGAGAAAUGCAUGGAUGAUGUGAAGGUGGUUCACUGGCUUGCUCACAGGCAUGGGGUGGUUGUGAUCCCAGGGAGUGCAUGUGGGUCCCCGGGGCAUUUGAGGAUUUCCUUUGGUGGGCUCAUGGAAAAUGACUGUAGAGCAGCUGCACAGAGGCUGAAGACAGGAUUAGAAGAAUUGGUAAAACAUGGAUUGGUGCAGUAAAAUCUCUAAUUUUACAUUGAUUUGAAUAUUCAGAAUUUGUGCCCCCGGUUUCCUUUGAAUAAUUGAACAUUCUAAGUUGCUCAGAAUUGGAGCUGCGGUUUCAGCUCUGUAUAUUGGAAAAAGCACUUGCAUAGAUGCAUGUAUAAAUUUCCGUACAUCCAUUAUUGUAUUUUGUUAUAAAGGAGAGGAUGGCUCGAAGAUAUGAGAAAAAGGAUAUAGAUGUUGAGAUAUAAAA